AUGUCAGAGCUCUCUAGUUCUCAAGCUGAGCAAAGUCAAACUCAGCUCGAUGAUUCGAGACAGUGUCCGCCAUUUGGAGACGCCUGUCCCGCUCAUGUUCGAGAUCGCCACGUAACCCUUGCGUUACGCGAUCAAAGAGGCUCUCGGGAACACACGCUUCCCCACGAUUGUGUGGAGAGCGUCUUCCCUCCUCCUCCACCUCCGUUAGAGGACUCUCGCGGUGGUCAGCGUUUUCUGGUUGAGCGGCUGUUGAACCACCGCGACGUGAACGGACGUCGGACGAGUUAUCUCGUCCGGUGGCGCGGCUGUCCCCCGUCCUGGGAUACUUGGGAGCCCCGCUCCCAACUGACGGUUGACGUGCUGGGUCUGGUUGAGCAGUACGACGCGGCACAUCCUAUGCCGCAGAGGGACCGCUGGAGAAAGUCUUCCCGACACGGUCGCAAAGGGAUUUCAGGUUGUCAAUCCCUUCGUACAUCUCACUAG